AUGACGCUCGGAAAGAUCGCCGUCGCCGGUCUACUGGCCUCAAUUGGCCUGGCAACCCCCAUCGUGCCUCACUCGCGGACCGACCAGCAUGAGGGCACGCAGCAGCAGCUGAUCAAGCAGGUCCAACUGGGCCCGCGGCCGUACUUCCUCGUCAACGACAUGGACCCGGGCCCUCUCAAGGACGAGCUCGCGGCCUGCUCGGAGAUGGAAAUGCGGCCCUCCCGCUUCUCCAUCGGCCACCGUGGUGGCGGAACCCUGCUGAUCCCGGAGGAGACGCGCGAGUCCGAGCUCGCCGGCCUGCGCAUGGGCUCCGAGGUGCUCGAGUGCGACGUCGUCUUCACCUCGGACCGCCGCCUCGUCUGCCGCCACGACCAGUGCGACCUGCACUCGACCACCAACAUCGUCGACGUGCCCGAGCUCAACGCCAAGUGCACCAAGCCCUUCUCGCCGGCGGACCCGGCCACGGGGACGCCCGCGAGCGCAAAGUGCUGCACGAGCGACAUCACGCUCGACGAGUUCAAGAGCCUCUGCGGCAAGAUGGACGGCUUCAACGCCACCGCCGAGACGCCCGCGGACUUCCUGCACGGCACGCCCAGCUGGCGGACCGACCUGUACGCCACCUGCGGCACGGUCCUGACCCACCGCGAGUUCAUCUCGCUGGUCGACGAGUUCGGCGGGCCCGAGGUGCAGUUCACGCCCGAGCUCAAGACGCCGCAGGUGCCCAUGCCCUUCGGCGGCAACGGCUCCAACUACACGCAGGAGGCGUUCGCGCAGCAGAUGGUCGACGAGUACGUGGAGGCCGGCGUCGACCUGAGGCGGCUGUGGCCGCAGAGCUUCCUGUACGACGACAUCCUGUACUGGAUCGGGAGCGUGCCCGAGAUCGCCAGCCAGGUCAUGUUCCUGACCGAGACCGAGGGCGACAUCGCCAACCUGUCCUCGUACGCCGCGGCGGGCGUCAAGAUCAUGGCGCCGCCGCUGCCGUUCCUCGUCGCGGUCGGCGAGGACGGCAGGUCCAUCGUGCCGUCCGAGUACGCCGCCGAGGCGAAGAGGCUCGGGCUGAAGCUCGUCACCUGGUCGUUUGACCGGUCCGGCCCGCUGGGCCAGGUCAAGGAGGACGAUGAUUAUUAUUACACCUCGAUCGCGAAUGUGACCAACAACGACGGGGAUGUCUACAACCUGCUGGACGUCCUCGCCAGGGAGGUCGGGGUGAUGGCUGUCUUCUCGGACUGGUCUGCUACGGCUACGUACUAUGCGAACUGCUUUGGCCUGUUUCCAACCUAUUCCGACUGGGUAGACUAG